GGUUUCGGGGCGAAGCUGCCAUGCCUUCCGGGGGCCGCGGGCGGUCCCGGCUACGGCUCGGGGAACGUGGGCUCUUGGAGCCGCCCUCCCCGCCCAAGCGCCGCCUGCUCCCGCGGGCGCACUUCUUGCCCCUGCUUCUGCUGGCCCUGGCCCUGGCUUCGGCGACCUACACCAUCUGGAGCGGCUGGCACCGCCAGACUGAGGAGCUGCCGCGGGGCCGGGAGCUGCGGGGCCGCUUGAUCGGAAGCCUCUCCGAAGCCCGGCUGCGGCGGGUGGUGGGGCAACUGGACCCACACCGUCUCUGGAACACUUAUCUGCGCCCCCUGCUGGUUGUGCGGACGCCGGGCAGCCCCGGCAAUCUCCAAGUCAGAAAGUUCCUGGAGGCUACACUACGGACCCUGACGGCAGGCUGGCAUGUGGAACUGGACCCCUUCACAGCCUUGACACCCCUGGGGCCACUGGACUUUGGCAAUGUGGUGGCCACGCUGGACCCAGGGGCUGCCCGUCACCUCACCCUUGCUUGCCAUUAUGACUCCAAGCUCUUCGCAUCUGAGUCGGUUCCCUUUGUGGGGGCAACAGAUUCGGCUGUACCUUGUGCCCUGCUGCUGGAGCUGGCUCAGGCCCUCGACAGGGAGUUGAGUAGGGCCAAGGAGCAGCUCCCACAGGAAGCCCCGGUGACUCUGCAGCUGCUCUUUUUGGAUGGUGAAGAAGCACUGAAGGAGUGGGGACCCACAGACUCCCUCUAUGGCUCCCGGCACCUGGCCCAGCUCAUGGAGUCUGCACCCCACAGCCCAGGCCCCACCAGGAUCCAGGCUAUUGAGCUCUUCAUGCUCCUUGAUCUCCUGGGUGCCCCGAAUCCAAACUUCUACAGUCAUUUCCCUCAUACAGCCCGCUGGUUCCAUCGGCUGAGGAGCAUCGAGAAGCGCCUUCACCGCAUGAACCUGCUGCAGUCUCAUCCCCAGGAAGUGAUGUACUUCCAGCCGGGGGAGCCCCCUGGUUCUGUGGAAGAUGACCACAUCCCCUUCCUCCGCCGAGGGGUCCCUGUGCUCCACCUCAUCUCCAUGCCCUUCCCCUCCGUCUGGCACACCCCCGAUGACUCUGAGGCCAACCUGCACCCACCCACCGUACACAAUCUGAGCCGCAUCCUCGCCGUGUUCCUGGCCGAAUAUCUGGGACUCUAGCCUCCUUGGCUGAUUCAGAAGGAGCAGUGCCCAGCCAGGACGCACCAAGGACACUUGGAACCAGUGGAGCUCAGGCCAGGCUGCCUGGGAUAUGCUGGAUAAUCCUUUUUUUUUUUUUGGUUCCACUUGUGCAAUGAUUGGAAGACCCUCUUUCCUUUGGCUCUUUCAAGCUGUCACUCUUCAAAGACACAAAAGAGACAAGACCGCUGUGAGGGUGACAGCCAAAGGAGUAAGAACUUAGACCCUGUCCUGAAGGAAGCUCUUGGUGUGAAGGUUUGCAAGGGGCCAAUGCUGCUGUUUUAUAGUUAGCACAUCUUGGACUGGCAUCUGGGGCAGCACUACCACCCCACCAAAUGAAUUCUCUGUGGCUUAUGGUUUAAUGUCCACAGAUUGCUGUGUGGUGUCCACAGGGGAUGUGCUGGUAAGCAGGAACAGAGGAGGUAGAAGCCAAUAGUUGGGAACUCGAGUCUGUCAGACCCAAGAGCAAUAAACCAGUGUUUCUGUGAAACAUAUUCUACAGAAUUAGCAUAACUAGGUGUUUCGUGAAAAGGGGGAUCAAAGAUGCGGGAUGAGACAUUAAAUGAGUUUCUUCAUUGCACAAUGUGAAUUUUCAAGUGUAAGACAAUUAAUGCAGUGUUGUUUCCUCAAAGCAUUUCCCCCACGGAACCCCUUUAUUGGGAACUUCAUAGAACUAGGGUACCACAAAGGAUACUUUGGGAAACACUGGGUUGUGACAGUUUGAGUGUGUUCACAGAAAGAAUGAGUAAGAUGGAUUCAUUGCCAACUAGUUCUACCAAACCAUUCUUUCCCUUUCAGUUGUGGGCAUAGGCGUAUGAGAUGGUGGAUGUCACUGCAACCCCAGUGAUGGCUUUGAGGAAGUAUUUCCCACCCCAGCUCAUGUUCAGACUCACCUGGGGUGCUUAUUAAAAAAAUGCAGACUCCUAGGUUUCACCCCAGACCUGCUGAAUCAGAACUCCAGGGAGGGGCUAGGACUCUAAGGAGCACCUGAGGGAGUUUCCUGAUCAGUGAAGUUGGGGAGAUGAUGUCCAUAAGAAUAGAGUGGCAUGUUCCCUGCGACUUAGCAAACCUACUCAAAAGAAAACCAUAAAAGGGAGGGCACCUAGGAAGGGAGACCUCAGCUGGGCUCUGUGCCUGCCAGUUUUGUGACUGCUGGAGCCCUGGUAGGUUAACAGGGAGACCAUGUAGUCUCUGUCCAAGUCCUGAGGUAGGUACAAUUUCUGUUCUCUUGCAAAGGAGGUGGGUAGGGCUGAGAAUUACGAUCCAGUUGUUUAUAGCACCCACAUGCUCACCCACACCUGGGCUCCUGAUACCAUGUCUUAUCUCCCAGAGAUCACCUGUGCUGGACCAACAGAUGGUUGGCAAAAAGUAGCUCCUCCUGAGGUUU